CCCAGAAUACGCUGCGAUCCAUUCGCGGUCUGCACCCGGAAACUACACCUCCCAGGGGUCUGUGCGCGCUGCCAGGGGACGGGUCUUGCGGCGUUGUGCCCCGCGAAGAGGAGAUGGCGGAGUCGUUGAGGUCUCCGCGCCGCUCCCUGUACAAACUGGUGGGCUCGCCGCCUUGGAAAGAGGCUUUCCGGCAGAGAUGCCUGGAGAGAAUGAGAAACAGCCGGGACAGGCUCCUAAACAGGUACCGCCAGGCUGGAAGCAGUGGGCCAGGGAAUGCUCAGAACAGCUUUCUAGUGCAAGAGGUGAUGGAAGAAGAGUGGAAUGCUUUGCAGUCAGUGGAGAAUUGUCCAGAAGACUUGGCUCAGUUGGAGGAGCUGAUAGACCUGGCUGUGCUGGAGGAAAUUCAACAGGAGCUGAUCAACCAAGAGCAGUCCAUCAUCAGCGAGUAUGAGAAGAGCUUGCAGUUUGAUGAAAAGUGUCUCAGCAUCAUGCUGGCUGAGUGGGAGGCAAACCCACUCAUCUGUCCUGUAUGUACAAAGUACAACCUGAGAAUCACAAGCGGUGUGGUGGUGUGUCAGUGUGGCCUGUUCAUCCCAUCUCAUUCUUCUGAGUUGACAGAGCAGAAGCUUCGUGCCUGUUUAGAAGGUAGUAUAAAUGAGCACAGUUCACAUUGUCCCCACACACCUGAAUUUUCAGUCACUGGAGGAUCAGAAGAAAAGUCCAGUCUUCUUAUGAGCUGUCUGGUAAGCCUCUCCGGGGACCCAGUCUGUGGAAAGCGGGACCUGUGGUUGGUUUUAUUCCCACCUUGAUAGAAAUAAUGACCUAGAAACAGGUAAAUGUUUAAUGCAGUUUAUUAUCUGAGGAAUUUACUUCCAUAGAAAAGUGAAGGUAACAAGUCAUUUCGACUCAAAGGCCAGUCAGAAAGAAGGGAAGACACAGCACAGGAUCAUGGCAAGAGGAUUGGUCUGGGAGUUAGGACGCCUGGCUCCACACCUCUUCUUAGAUCAGUAGUAGUGGUUUUGGAUUCAGCUGGUCAUUUCAUAGACAUAAGACCCAGAUAGGACAUGCUGGCACCGCUUUUGCAGAAGGAAACAGGGCAGAAGCAUAGCAGGGCAGCAUUAGGUUUGUCUGUCAGUGGAGUUUUUACAGAGGUCCAAGGGCUAGUCGCUAGCCUGAGUGACAACUGAGGUGUGAGGGCCAGGAACACAAGUGGGUAAGGGAACCACCUGUCUUAGAAGUGUGCUAUAGGAACCAGUAUCUCUUAUAAUCCAUGUCAUUUCCAUAUAUGUGUAUGUAUGUAUGUACAUGUGUAUAUAUAUCACAGAAACACACAUAAAACCAAUAUGAUACAUAUUAUGAUUGCUUUUAGAUCCCAGGCAGGGGGAGCCUUGGGAUUAGAGCACACUGUACUUCAGGAAGUUCAUAGCCAUGGCCUUCCACUGGGAAUUUAGAAUUCCUUCAUGGCCGUCAUUCCAAAUGCAGUUAACCUACAGAGGCCAUUUUUAUUAUGAGCAGCAUUGCCUAGUAACAGCCAUUUCACCUUUAGCAAGUUUCUUCCAUAGGUAUUCUACUCAUUCAUUAAAAAAAACAAUGAAUUGAGGACUCAUUAAAAUUGAGAAAUACACAUCUCUCACAGCUCAAGCCUUGGGUUGGUAAUCAGAGAACAGAAUAAACAGGCAGUACCCUGGAGAGCUGCACAAGGAGGCCUUAUGGGAGUUCACAGGAGGGUGAUCUCCUUUAUGGUGACACCUUCCUGGAGGAGGCAUUUAACUUGGCCUUGAAGCACGGAAUCGAUCUGGACAGACAUGGAGAUCGGGUGAGUUGUGGGGGUAGAGCUUAGGUGGAAGAUCCCCACAUAGAAGAACAAGGCAGAGAAGCAGGAAACUGGAGUGUAUACAAAGAGCAUCUUGUUCUACUUAGCUGGAGCAUUAGGUUCAUGAGGGAGAGGAUAGUUCCUGUUAGGAAUAGGAAACAGAUUCAGAGAAGUGAGGUAAUCUGGCCAAAAUUUUACUACUAAUAAGCGAUAGAGCUGGUGCUAGACCCCAAGUCUUUGUGGUUCCAGUGCCCCUGCUGUUUGCUGCUCCAGGCUCAGGCCUUGGUGGAAGGAUGCCAUUUUCCAUCAGCUUGUAUGGAAAGAGACACAGCAGGUGAAAGUUUAAAUAAAACCCCUCACUACUUCCUGUUGACUGCAGGCCCGUGUUCCCUUCUGUUCCAGCUAAUCCAGCACUGGUAGCAGAUGCUCAAAUAUGCAGUGCUUUCAGGCUUCUGUGCUGUUGUUCAUGCUGUUCUGUCUGAAUGACUUUGACUCCUCCCACUACAUUUAAGGAUCAUUUGUACAAAUAUUUAUCGAGCGCUACAAUAUGCCAUGUACUUCAUUCAGCCUGAUUCCUCACAAGGAAUUGGCCAGUCUCAGCUGGCCACAGUGGCUCACGCCUGUAAUCCCAGCACUUUGGGAGGCCGAGGUGGGCAGAUCACCUGAGGUCAGGAGUUCAAGACCAGCCUGGCCAACAUGGUGAAACCCUGUCUUUACUAAAAAUACAAAACUUAGCUGGGCAUGGUGGUGGGUGCCUGUAAUCUCAGCUACUCGGGAGGCUGGGGCAGGAGAAUCACUUGAACCCGGGAGGUGGAGGUUGCAGUGAGCUGAGAUCGUGCUGCUACACUCCAGCCUGGGCAACAGAGUGAGAAUCUGUCUCAAAAACAGAAUUGGUGGCCGAGUGUGGUGGCUCACGCCUGUAAUCCCCACACUUUGGGAGGCUGAGGCAGUUGGAUCAUCUGAGGUCAGGAGUUCAAGACCAGCCUGGCCAAUAUGAUGAAACCCUGUCUCUACUAAAAAUACAAAAAGUUAGUCAGGCAUGGUGGCACACACCUGUAAUCCCAGCUACUCGCGAGGCUGAGGCAGGAGAAUCACUUGAACCCAGGAAGCGGAGGUUGCAGUGAGCAGAGAUUACGCCACUGCUCUCCAGCCUGGGCAACAAGAGCCAAACUCCAUCUCAAAAAAAGCAAAACAAACAAAAAAAGAAUUGGCGAGCCUGAGAAGUCCAUUCCUUUGGAGUCUGUGUUACCAUUCUCAAUAAACCUAAUGAGGGCUGGCAGAGGGGAACUGGCCAGUCUCUCCUUGGGCUUCUGCCGUUCCUCAUGCCAUGUCACCUGUAACAGUGUUGCAGUUACCUACUCAUGUCUUUGUCCUUGAGGGCAAGGCCUAUAUUUAUUUUUAUUUCCAGUGCUUGGCAUAUAUUAAUAAAUAGGUGCUCAAUAUGUUUGUACAAAUGAGUUAAGGUGGAGGGAGGAGAGUUGAGGCACAGGUCAGCUGGCUUUGGCUUCUGUCUUCUUAGUAAGGUGAACAGUGAGUCAUCCACACAGAUUAUAAUGGUAGCAGAGCUGAAGUCUACAGCUCCUUGAGUAUGAAAGUCCCCUUGAGUGUGAAAGACCAAAUGCUGGUGGGGGGAUGAGAAGGGGAAUUAAAAGGUAAGUGGAAGAUGGCCUAAUUGCUAAGUGCACAGCUUCAGCUCAGCAUAUAAUUGUUAUGGACCCCAGUUAUCCACUCACCUAACCGUCAGUGCCCUGUGGCUCAGAGCAGCAGUGAAGCUAAGUGGGAGGUGAGGUUUGGAAGGUGAGUGCUGUGCAGCAGUCUUGGAGAUCAUAGUUGACAGUGCCGGCUCUGGGGUGAGCAGGGAGACCAUUGUUGGGUAAGUGAGGGGAGGUGGGGGUCACAGCAAACAUGAGAAACACAGCCAGGUGCUGUGGUUCACACCUGUAAUCCCAGCAUUUAGGAAGGCUGAGGUGGGAGGAUCACUUGAGGCCAGGAAUUCAAGACCAGCCUGGGCAACAUGUUGAAACCCCAUCUCUACUAAAAAUACAGAAAUUAGCUGGGCGUGGUGGCUCGCACCUGUACUCCCAGCUACUUGGAAGGCUGAAGUGGGAGGAUGGCUUAAGCUCAGGAGGCACAGGUUGCAGUGAGCUGAGAUGGCGCCAUUGCGCUCCAGGCUGGGUGACAGUGAGAUUGUGCCUCAAAAAAAAAAAAAAAAAGGAGGGGGAAAGACAAAAUUGUAUUCUGUAGGUCCCGAGUUCAACAUUUGGAAAGGUAGACAUUUGGAAUGCUCUAGUUCCACUAGACCUUUGGUUUUCACUUAAGGGAGAAUCAAGGACCAUUGUGUUAGAAUCCAGUGAGGUCAGGAUGUAGAGAAGCUCAGGACUGAUGGCUGAGGAUGUGUUGGAAGAUAGGGGUGGGUUACAGAGAUUCCACUCUAUUACAAGACUAGGAAUAUUUCAGAUGUGAUGGUGCUCAGGUGGUGGUCAUGAGAUGGAAUAUGCUAAACCGCCUAUUAGCAGAGUUAUAGUGUCUUUUAGAGAAAGCCAAAUAUAUUACCUGUGGAAGUGGUAAGAAACAAGAGUAACCCAUUUAUGCCUACUGUUUCAUUAUUGGAACGCUAAGCCUGUGGGAGUUAUUGAUCCCUUACUGCUCAAGGUCAUCGCCAAGGUCUGAUUUUUCACACACAAAAAAUUUGCAACCUCCAGCAUAAAUGGGUUAAGGACAGACUGGAUUCCUUAGCAUAGUGGAGGGGCUGAGCCACCAAGGAAUCCGGAGGCAGUUUUACACUCAGGUGCUUACUGAUCAUAUUACAGAUCAAGGGGAAGACAUGUUUUCUGCCUGUACUGAUCAUGCAUGGUUUGCACCUCCCCUAUGAUACAUACCUGCUUCAGUCUUGUGUAGAUUUGGAGUCUCAUCUUCCUGCUGGGCUCUAAAAGCUCCAAGACACUGAGUUUGAAUACAAUCUUUCUGGUCAGUGGUUUCCUGAUGGUGAGGAUGUUUGAUUAGUUCAUCUACAGGAUUUGAUCUUAGCUUGAAGACUACUGAUGCUGAUGGUUCCCACGGCAGUUGUUUGAAGGCUGCAGGACAGAGGUCCAGCAAUGCCAAAGAGGGGUGGUCAUCAUGACAAACUACGCUACUGAACUAAUUGAAACUAGACUCAGGAGACCUCAUCUAAUGUGUAGAAUUCUCAUUGAUUACAACUUUUAACUAUAUAUCAGAUAUCUUUCAUGACUAGAAUACAAUUUAAGCUAAUUAUUUUCCUGUUUAA